UACCUCUUUGGAAUACAAGGGACUAACCAACCCAAAUGAGCAUAGCUUUCUUAGUGAUCUAGUUGCACAGAACCGUUCCUCUUCACCUACUGUUAGUCCUUUCAAUAAAAACAGAAACCUUAUUAAUCAUAAAAAAUGCAGACCUCACUUCUUCAUGAGCUAAUUGUUGGAACUCCAAUCCUCUCAGCAACAUAUGAUCAGCUUCAAAAGUCAGUUAACAGAUACUUACCUGAUCCUGCCACUCAAUGUCAAUAUUCAACCACAACAUCAAAGCAAAGUAGAGUAUAUUCGAAAAUGAACAGGCUUGGAAAGAAGGCCGAUAGUCUUUCAGGAGGAGUACAAGAACAUGUGAGAUUAGGGACAAAUAUAUCUGAAACUAUUAAGAGGAAGUUUAGCUUAGGAGCUCGCAUUCUUCAAGUGGGUGGAGUGGAGAAAGUCUUUAAGCAAUAUUUUAAUGUGAGAGAAGGGGAGAGGCUGCUGAAAGUUUCCCAGUGCUAUCUGUCCACCACAUCUGGCCCUCUAGCAGGUCUCCUCUUCAUCUCCACUGAAAAGGUUGCCUUCUGCAGUGAGAGAUCAAUGAAAGUCUUUAAUCAGAAAGGCCAAAUGUGUAGGAUCCGUUAUAAGGUUGUCAUUCCACUGAAGAAGAUCAAGUGUGUGAACCAAAGUGAAAAUGUUCAGAAACCAAGACAGAAGUACAUAGAGAUAGUCACAGUGGACAAUUUUGAUUUCUGGUUUAUGGGUGUCUUAAAAUAUCAUAAAACUUUUAAAUAUCUUGAGGAGGCAGUUUCUCAAGCUUAGAUGAGUAUCAAAAUCCACCGUUUGGGCUCCAAGGUUAAUUGUGUCAGGAUAAACAUCAAGAUACAAGAGAUGAUCAGAAACAAAAACAAGAGAGACUUCACUUCAUCGCAUAUGCAUCCUGUUGGUCAAAACAUCUCAUGGGACUUUGGCUUUCCACCCAAUAUUGAGCUGUGAUAGUGGAUGGAUGUGGUUCAUAUUAGAUGAGCUGCAGACUUUGCUGCCAGCAUAUUGUGGAUAAGCAUUGUGAAUGCAAGAGUUCAUCAUUUGGUGCCUGCUUUGUUGCAGAAUCUAUGCCAUAUGUAUUCAGUGGCUGGCAAUGCUAAGGACCAUAUUGCUUUUGCAGAAGAUUACCAUCCAGGGACAGCCCUAUGUUAAAGCUCUAUGAAGGGAGAUUGUGGUUAUGGUAGAACACAAGUUUGAAGGAAAAAUAAAUAGAAAAGGAGGGAAAAAAAUUGAUAUAGGAUCCGAAGAACAAGGAAGUCCAACUUCAGAAGAGAUAAUGUGUGUAGAUAUUCUGGAAGCUUUUGCUGCCCAACUAUAGAAAUUUCAGGCUCAAUCACUUAUGGAUUUAUUAUGUAAAAGUUUUCAAGAACCAGACUUUGUAUUUCAGAUUGUAUUCAUACCA